CGGAGGCGCCCGCUGAAGAUGAUGGCGCCGCCGCCCGUCUCCGCGGUGCCGGGUCCCUUGGCCGUGCUGGACCCCACAGGACAAUUCGCAAAAAGGAAGAAGACUUCUCUUUGGUUCACAGUCUCUCUGCUGGUAGUGUCUGUUUUCAUCCUGACCAUAGGUCUGGCAGCUACCACAAGAACAGAAAAUGUUACCGUGGGCGGCUACUACCCAGGCAUCGUUCUUGGCUUUGGAUCUUUCCUAGGCAUUGUUGGCAUCCACCUGGUAGAGAACAGAAAACAAAUGUUAGUAGCCUCCAUCGUGUUUAUCAGCUUUGGCGUGGUAGCAGCGUUCUGUUGUGCAAUAGUUGAUGGAGUGUUUGCAGCACGACACAUAGAACCCAGACCUUUGUAUAACAAAAGGUGCCAGUUUUAUUCAAGUGGAAUAGGAUUCCUAUACGAUGCCUACCAGACAGAGGUGACAUGUUACACCUUAAACAGCAAGUGCCAGUUGAAAGUAAGGAGUAACACCUGCUAUUGCUGUGACCUGUACAACUGUGAGAAUUCAGAGCAGUCCUCCAGCUAUUAUGAAUUCCUGGGCGUGAGCAGCUGUCAGGAUGUGGUUCACCUCUAUAGGCUGCUGUGGUCCUCCACCAUCCUCAACAUCAUCGGGUUGUUUCUGGGGAUUAUUACAGCAGCCAUUCUUGGGGCGUUUAAGGACAUGGUACCUCUGUCCCAAAUAGCUUUCAGCGCUGCACCUCCUCCUCAGAUCCUGUACAAUCCUGCGCAGCAGAUCCUGACAUACGCUGGCUUUUGUCCUUCUGCAGCAACUAUCUCAACAUAUCCAUCCUACCCAUUACCGCUCCAGCCUGCGAGCAAUUUUCCAGGAACGUCAUCUACCGACAUUUCUUUAUCAGAAGAAACGCAGCCUCCAUCUCAGUCCAGCUCCAGCUAUGGUCUCCCCCCGAAUGCUCCAGCCCUCUAUACACCGACUUGCUUCUUGCCUGGAGAAAAGCCUCCUCCCUACGCACCAUAGAACAAAGAGUUUACCUGAGGUAGCUCGUAGGCUUUUAGUUUCAGAAACCUCUGGCAACUGUUACUGUGCAAGCACUAGGCCUCCCAAGGAACCCGGCGCAGAGUGUAUGUGUUAGAGCCACUCUGCUUUUACCCACAGCUCGCUGUCAGUGGAGCACAACCCUGGAAACUGAGGGCAGACACAUUACCUGUGGGGUGACCAGUCCCAUCACCCAUGAGAUGAACAGUCUCAUCGCCUGUGGGGUGGCCAGGCACCCCCCAGACUGCCUGCAGUCCAAUGCAGUGUUGCCUUCUGGCUGCCAUAAGCCUGAGGUGUUUCCUUCUCGACACACUGCAGGUUGAAUUUUCUUGAAGAGUAGAAAUGAAGACAACGUUCCAGAUACACGUUCUGCUUUCACAAACCACUAGAGAGGGGUUUGAGCCUGUGUUGUCUGAGUGGGUAGCUGGGAGCUCUCCGAGUCAAUCAUUUUGGGUAGGAAGAGAGCAGGCAUUUGUUUGCUUGUAGUAUUUAUUUCACAACCCUUUUUUUGGUGAAAGUGAUGUACCAAUAUAAAAAGUGUGGCAAUUAUUUUACAAUAAA